UUAAUUCUUCUAAUGAAAGCAGUAAAAUAACUGUGUAUAAAACUAAAUCGCGUAUGUUGCACAUACAUACAUACAGCUCCAGUGAAAUGAAGAUUUUCAUCUUUACCCUGAUCGGGUUGAUCAGCUUCGGAGCAGCCGCAGUGAUUGAUAAUGUAGACAUCCGAAGAGGAGGUGCACCCGUUGGAAAUAUCGGCACGCGUCAUAUUUCUCAAAUGAGUCAUGAAGAUCUUUUGCGACAGAAAUUCCUAUUGGACAUACUUCAACACGUGCAAGAACCAAAUGUGAACGACGAAGAACUCUUGCAGAUGUCAAAGUUGCAACCUGAACAUUUAGUCGAUGAUCAGACUCGUUACGUUGGGGGCAUCGACGAUGAAAUGGCUCGUGUGAUAGAACUAAGUCGUAACCAACGUUUGUUGGCUGAGGAUAAUAUGUAUACCAUAGCCGAUGUCGAUGAUGUUCGUCAAAUGAUUGGGCUUUAUCGCGUCUUCGUACGUUCACGCGAUUGGGAUACACUACAACGGAAUUUGCUAUAUGCCCGAGUUCACGUUAACGGCGUUCUACUAGUGAACUCAUUGUUGCUUGCUAUACGCGAUCGAAAUGACACUCAGAACUUAGUUGUGCCAGGCAUACACGAAAUUUUACCAAAGCUUUAUCUAGAUGCGGACAUACUUCGCCGAGCCAAAGAAAUUAAUUUCAAUCAAUUGAGUAGUUCCAGUACGUACAGUAGACAAACUAAACGCCCGAGAAUACUCGAAAUAAUUAGGUUAAAUAAGCUGUGGAAUAGGAAUACUAAUCCGAUAAAUACUUUAGAUCGUGAACAGCUGUGGAUGCCAUGGCGUGAAAUGCGUAUGGAAGUACAAGGGCGUAAAGUUGGAGCUGCAAACGAUGCUACGCAUAUUAACAUGCGCGAUGAUGGUCGCAUAGUCUUACCGGUAACAUUGUCCUCUAAUGUUUUGCGCAAGGAGAGGGAAGUUCGAUUAUUUACAAAUGACGUUGGCUUCCAAUCAUUCCUGCAUUCUUUGAUCAAUGAUUUGUGCUUAAGUGAACACGAGUCAGAGCUGCAAAAUGAGCAACAGAUGAGAGUGGACGUAAAUCGACCGGUGCUAGGACGAGUUAGUUUAGAAAGAAACGUAGGGUCGAUGUUGGAGAGUGAAAUUCGGCGCAAAGAAGAACAAAUACGAGGUCAGAAUAUGAGAGGCAUCCAUGCAGUAGACUUAGACACAGACAAAGAUCGUUUUAUUUAUUUUGGUCGGCGUCUUUGGUCCGGUUUGAAUCGGAAUAUCUUGAGCAAUGAUGAUCCUUCUGAUCGGUUCAUUAAUAGCGAAAGUGAAAAGAAGGUGCGACGAGUUGAGAUUGGCAACGAUGAUUCAUCGAACCUUCAUUGGAAACAUAGUGAUAACACUAUUUAUUUGCGAAAUCCGUUUAAUGAUUAUUUCAAGGAAACCCCUCAAGUAGGCUGGCACAAUAACCAAGUUGGCGUUCCGCUGCCAACAACCACGGCUGAUGAUGAACGUUUAUUACACAUCAAUCAUAACAGCCAACAAGCUGUUGUCAACAACCGGAUGUAUUUCAGAGGUGAACAGCCUAAAACGGCUAUUGAUUUGAACGGCCGUUGGGGUCAAUCAGGAGUUAACCAAAUUAACAGUCACAUCUCAAUUCAAGGCGAACAUUUUGGUGGGUAUGAUGCCGCUAACACCGAACAUCGUGGAUUAGCCCAACGUAUCGAUUUAGGUGUGGAUAUGCCAAUGGACUGGAACAGACAAAUGGCAAUGCAUCGUCAAAGGAAAAACCAUGUAGUUGACAACUCAGUUGUGGACAGUUCUUCACCGCUAAACAUUGGUCACACAAAUGAUUAUGUACAAACAAAUAAUCAGGUUCAAGAUGUUGAUAUCAGCAAUAAAGGUCUAGAGCACGUCGGUAGUCGUGAAAUGAACCAGUGGGAAAAAGAAAACCAGAAACAGGAAUCUAUAUUGGAGGAAAGGCGUAAUGUCGACAAAAAUCAGGAGGAAUGGAAAAAUGUCUAUGCAAGAAUAGGACAUAGCUGGUUGAACUUUAUUCAUAGUAAUAACGACGAUGUUAUCAGUAAAGAGAGAAUCAUGGAGGACCCAAGAAUUUGGACAACUGUUGCACGCGGAAUGGGAAAUAUCGGUAUUCACUCUGAACAGGAAGUCAAUGGACAAAAUGAAAUAAACCCAAGCGCCCAACUGAGGAUUGACAUGAAUCGAAGGCGGUUGAACAAUGAUCCUAUUCAUAUCACCUCCCAACACGACGGUAAUGUGCACGAUAUUGAAGUUGAAGGAUCUGGUAUGGGGCGAUACCGAUCUCCUCGCAGCCUGCUUGUUGUAAACCGUGACCAUUAUUGGAAUCAAAAACGUGAUGGAGAGUUGCUUUUGCACAACCUUCAACAGUUAAUGGCACGGAUCAAUUUGGAACAUAUUUCAGUGGGUAUUCAAGAUAUACUUCAAAUACAGGAUGACACAAUUCCGGCAGAUAGCUUUACCAAUGAACGACUUUCAAAUUCUCCAGAUCAACGCUUAGCCCUUCGCUUAAACAGGAUACGUCUUAACUCUCGUCGAAGCAGAAUACUUCUUAACCGUAUUAGAGAUGUUGAAAGUCGUUUACAUGCGAUAAUUGAAAAAGAAAUACUUCGUGGAGUUGAAAAUGAUCAAAGGAACGAUAUUCGUAAUGCAGUUGGUAUUGAUCAAUUGAUCGGUGACAUCCUAUUGGGCAAGCGAUCGAUCGGUCAAGGUGUGAAUCUUUUGAAUAUCUUGAGUGAAAUUAUACUCCAAACUGAGGACAUUAACGCCAACUUUCAAACACUAAAUCAAAUAAGUAUGGACACUGAAAAUCCAAUUUUACUGCACUUGCUUCGUCGUAUUGUUCAAAUCGCUGAUUUACAACGUCAGCAACAGUUAGGUAGCUACAGUAAAGAAGAGCUUCAAACGAAUGGUGUUAGCAUCAACGACGUGAGUGUUGACAAGUUACGAACAUAUGUGGAUACUGACGAUGUAGACCUCAUUAAUGCCGCAACGUCAGCCAACCAAUUGAGAGGUAUUUCGCAACGUAUGGUUGUCGCACGUCAACAACGUCUCAAUCAUCAAACAUUCACCAUCAACGUUGAUGUUACCGCAAAUCUUAAUAAACGUGUAGUCGUCCGUAUACUUCUUGGGCCGAAGACAGACACUAAUGAACUGGGAACACAAUUAAACCGCCAACGCCAAAACUUUAUUUUAUUGGAUACUUUCAUAGCGGACCUUCACAGCGGACGCAAUGUAAUCACGCGUAAAUCUCACGACAUUACCUGGACUGCACGAGAUACGACCCCAUUUACCGAAAUCUACAAGAGUGUAAUGCAAGCACUCGAAGGUGAUGCGGAUAUUACAUUGGACCAAGUGCAAGGACAGAGUUGUCGCUUUCCACAUCGCUUAUUAUUGCCACGCGGCCGAGUCGAAGGAUUGCCAAUGCAAAUGCUGGUCAUCAUCACACCAGUGACAACUGAUUGGCGGCCUACAGUGCACCAACUAGAUAUGGACCACGACGUUUGCGGUAUGGGCAUGAGCAGCACGAGCUUGGAUCACCUACCACUCGGCUUUCCGUUAGACCGCCCCAUAGAGAGUAUGGAAAAUAUUGGAUCCCUACCUAAUGCACAUUUAAUGGAUGUACAGAUAUUCCAUAGUAAACAGCUAGUUGCUGACGACUUUUACUGAAAUAUAUGAGUCACUAUCAGCGAAUAUUUAUAUCGCUUGUUUACUAUUUAACAAAUCUGUGUAAAAAUUAAUUAUAUGGUUGCCCUUAACCAUUUUCAGUUUUUGAAAUAAGUAA